CUAUAACCAUCCGUUCCUUCAUUACCACACAUCCGACAAUUCCACUCAAUGAAAUCCUCCACAACCAACUCCUAAACUCCAUCCCCCCACUGUCGGCAACCGAGCCCCAUCCAUCACCAGACCCCAACACAUCAUGGCGCCUUACCCAUUAGAUACCGAAACUAACCCCUCCCGCGACAAGCCCGACGACAACGACAACGACAACGACAACCACCACGACGGCAUCCCCGGCUGGGCCAUCUUCCUCAUCAUCGUCAUCCUAGUCGCCAUCCUCGCCUCCGCCGCCUGGUUCCUCUGGGUACGCCUCCGCGCUCGCCGCAACGCCUCCUCCCUCCCCGCGCCUGCCCGCGGCGGGAUCCUCGGCUGGCUCCGCUCGCGCCUCAAUUCUGCGAAGAACCGGCGGUCGGCGCCCGGCGCCUACGAGCCGUCGGGGUAUGGCGGACGGAGCGGGCAUGCGAUGGAUCACGACGAAGCGUGGGAUGCGCGGGUGGGGCACGAGGCGGAUGCGUAUGGGCCGGCGGGGUAUUAUGAGGAGCAGGAAUUGGGGUUGCAUCCGUACCGGGGGCGGACGGAGUAUGAAGGAGGGGGAGGGGCGCCGGCGGCGGGGUUGACGGUGGGGGUCGAUCGGGGGAGGAGUACGAGUCGGCAGCGGGAUGCGGAGGAUGGGUAUGAUGAGGGCGUGACGAGGGGGGGCGUGGCGCCGUUGGAUCGGGAUCCGUUCAGCGAUGAGGCAGAGCAGAGUAGUUUGCGGGGGGUCAGUCCGAAGCCGAUUGAUACGGACAAAGCGCAGAAGAGCAAAGCGGACGGAGGGGCGAGUACGGAUAACAGUCCGACGGAGAGAAGGAGCAUGUUCCGUGAAAAUAUGUAGGCUGGGAGCAUCUGGGUUUCGGCCAUCUGUACGACAGCAAGCGGGCUUGUGGUGCUUAUGACUUUCCGGUCUAUUGUAUGGACUUAUGUUUACAGCUCGGUAAAAGGCUUAAGGCUAGCCGAUGAUACGGAUAUAUGACUGCUUGGCUUCAAAAGUAUCAUGAUGCACUUUGUGCGGCCAAUCUCCUUGACAUGUUACCAGUAUGAUUGGGGAUGCGUAGUCUCUAGUUGCACAAAAGAAAGGGUUGUACAUGAUUCUACGUUGAUAACAUCGUUUAGUAUGACGCCAACGUCUAACUAGUACUAUGGAAUCCUAUAUAUA